CUUCGAAGCUGAUUUGGAUGCAUCAAAAUCCCGGAAAAUUGCCGCGAGAUCCCCAUGCUCCGUAUAAUUACAAACACCACCUCCAAAAAGGAAGCCAUGCUCGGAGCUAUAGUCUAGGUCAAGAUAUUCCUACUAUUUCACCGAAUACGAUUGGCUCAAUUCCGACACUGCAUAAGUCUACUGCUCGAAGCUCGUCCGUUUCUCCGACUCGAGGCGAAUAUGUCUCACCGGAUUCUUCUCCUGAGAAAAAAUCUCAUCAUUCGUGGGACAGCCCUGAGAAAAAAGCCUACGUUAAGCUGGCAACCAGGAACAUGUCCCCGGAGCGUACUUUUCAAGCUAGCUAUAUCCAAGGAGGACCAAAUGGGAACGUUGCUAGAGGAAUAUUCAGGAAUCCGAGAGACUGCAUAUACGAAGAGCCUGAGACCUCCGCUGAUGAACGGAUCGGCAGAGGUGGCCGGCUCCGCUCAUCUGUGGCCCUGAACGCAAAACCAAACGAUCCUUCACCGAAAACUUCUUCCAACGUAGACGCAUAUCUGGGCAGGGGGUACUCUCCCGUAAAAGGCAUAGAAAAAUUCUCGAGUGUCGAGAUACACAAGAACCCACCAACUCAAUCACGCAAUCCAGCUUACACUUCUAAUUCCCUUCCGCCUACACCCCCAGACUCCGCCACAGCCAGCGAUAAUGAUGGACAUGGAAUAGCAGAUGAAGGAGAAGAAGAAGAAAAAUAUGCGCCCAGAAAGGAUGGCAUCGAGAUACGCGGUGACGAUAUUCGUGCAGCGACGAGCAUGAGACUGAAGGAUCGCAGCCCGCGGCUUCCGAUGCCGACGGUUGUGAGCAAUAAACCAGGACGGCAUAUUGUGAGCUUCAACAAAGAUUGGAAGCCCUUGCAGGAAUUCCAGGGCGAUCACAGCGAGGAACGGCGCUCAGAUUUGCUGCGAACCAAUCUCACAGGAUCCAGAGCGCUGCCCGACCCACCUUCCAAACCAUCACCUCCGAGAAGCAUCCAGUCUGCACCGGUCAUUCCAACAAUAAAUUUACCUGAAGAGCCUUCGAGCGCCCGGGGAAAUUCAUCGACAAAGCCUCCUAUCCCAACUAUUAAUGUGCCAGAUGCACCGACAAUUACUUUCGACGGACCAUCAAAGGCUCCCUCGAUCAAUGUCUCGUCUUCAGAAUCUGGCGGUCCCAGAAGUCGUCCACUACCCAAGACUCACGGCUUCCCAUCCAGACCACUUCCUUUUCACUCCUCUACGGCACCUGCUUCGUCUUACCACGUCACACCGACCAUUCGUCGUCCGACCGCAGCGUGUUCGCAGUGCGGAAUGUCCAUCCAAGGUCGCACUGUCAGCGCAGGAGGCUUCCGUUUCCAUCCCGAAUGCUUUCGGUGCUACAACUGUGGAGAAGGACUUGAGUGCGUUGCAUUCUACCCAGAACCAGACCCCAAGCGUGCGGAGCGAUUAAAUCGUAUCCGACGCCGGGCCAAGGGAGAGCAUAUCGAGCACGAGGAAGGCAAAACAAAAGCAGACGAUGGAGAGGACGCACCUAGGUUCUACUGCCAUCUCGACUAUCAUGAAUUUUUCAGCCCCCGGUGCCGUAGCUGCAAAACCCCAAUCGAGGGGGAAGUUGUUGUCGCCUGCGGUGGAGAAUGGCAUGUCGGUCACUUUUUCUGCGCUGAAUGCGGUGAUCCAUUUGACCCCUCCACGCCGUUUGUCGAAAAAGAUGGCUACGCGUGGUGUGUCAAUUGCCACACGAAUCGUUAUUCGACCCGUUGCAGAAAAUGCCGCAAACCUGUGACGGACAUGGUCGUCAAAGCUCUUGGAUCAGAAUGGCAUGCGCAAUGCUUUUGCUGCACUGAAUGCGACGCUCAAUUUGAUGAUGGCCGAUACUUUCUCCGCGGCCCAAGUAAAGAUCCGGUCUGCGUCGCAUGCGAAGAGAGGAGACUGAAAGCCUGAUCUCAUUUCCCUUCCUCUAUAACGAUCUCUUUCCCCUUCAUUUCAAAUUCUAAGCUUUUCCGGGCGAGCGUAUGGGCCCGUGAAAAGAAAUGGAAUAUGUUCACUCAGCAGAGACCGGCCCUUUGGCUUCCAUUGCAUCAUGAAUUAAUUUCCUUCUCCAUCUAAAUUUCCUAAUCUGUUCUUGAUGGAAUGCUUGCGUUUUCACUCUUUUAAGAAAGAUAAAAGACUAACGCUGGAACACAUAAGCAUUCAUGUGUAUGACUUACGGCUUUAGAAAACGC